CUUUCCCAUAUAAUUUGCUUCUUUCUCCUCCUGCUCCUCCUCCUCCUUUUCUCUUGCUCAUCUUUUUCUUCUUCAUCGAUCUUUCAUUUAUGUCUGAAGAAAACAAGGAUCUAACCCAUCAUCAUAACCCUUUUUACUACAGUCAUGAUCGUGAUCAUGAUGAUGAUAUUGAUCACCAUGAAAUCAGCCACUCAUCAAGCUUCCCUUUCUUCAUCAAUGAUAAUAAUCCCAUGGUCGCACCCCAACAAAACCUUAUUCAAGGGCUUGAUCCCUCCCCCUAUAUGACCUUCACUGACUGCCUACAUGGCUCCAUGGACUACAACACCCUCUCAAGAGCCUUUGACAUGUCUUGCUCAUCAAUCGACGACAAUUUGGUCAAGAAGGCCGGUGUCGGGAGAGAUUCUGCAGCCGGAACAUUAAGUGAAAACCUCUCCACCACCACCCCUAAUUCUUCGGUGUCCUGUUCUUCUAACGAGGAAGAAUCUGUUAAGAGUAAGAAAGAUAAGCAGCCACAAGGGUGUGAAGAUGGAGAUGGAGAUGAAGAAAAGUCUAAGAAAGGGAACAAGCCGAAAAAGAAAGAGAAACGGCAAAGGGAGCCACGGUUUGCCUUUUUGACUAAGAGUGAGAUUGAUCAUCUUGAGGACGGUUACAGAUGGAGAAAGUAUGGACAGAAGGCUGUGAAGAAUAGCCCUUAUCCAAGGAGUUAUUAUAGAUGCACAAGCCAGAAGUGCAACGUGAAAAAGCGUGUUGAGAGAUGUUUCCAAGAUCCAACGGUUGUGAUAACAACAUAUGAAGGGCAGCACAACCACCAAUACCCAUCAACCCUCCGAGGAAAUGCUGCCGGAAUGCUGUCGCCUUCUUUGUUGGCGUCGGCCUCAGCAGCUCAGCCAAGCUUUCCCCAAGCACUAUUUUCUCAGCUGCUUCCAACAAGUAAUUACCAAGCCGACCCAAAUUACAUGUUGUAUGGAAACCUAAACCUCAUGACUCCCCAGCAGCAGCUCCUCCAGCUUCCCGACUAUGGCUUGCUGCAAGAUUUAGCUCCCCCAUUUGGCAACAACAAGCGACAGCCAUGACUUCAUCUUGUGUAUCAAUCAAUCAAUCAUCAUUCCAUCGCAUUAAUUCUCCAAGAUUUCUGUACGUAGUAAGAUCUGGACAGAUGAACUUAAUAUAUAUUUAUAUAUCUAUAUAUAUGGAGCAUUAAAUGCAUAUUUCUGACUAAAUGGGUUGCGUAUUAUAUAUGUGUUGUUUACUUGUAAAAAUUAGCCAGAAAGAGUGAUGGGGGGUUUCCAUUGAAGGAGUGGCUGCAGGGUGCUUGAGAUUGCCAACACAGGAGAUGAGUGUUGAAAUGGGGUGAUGUGAUUGAUAUGAGUACUAGGAUAAGAGCUGCUUUUUUUGUCAAGGAAUGCGACGCUUUCGGUGCAUGUGCAUUUAAUAUUUAUGAAGAUUAUUGUUGGCUCACAGUACGUGGAGUUAUGAGG